AUGGGCCCGCCAGAGCUUCCAGAAUUUCCCUCCUCCUUCGACCCAGCCCUCCUCUUGCACUCCGAAGUGCCCGAUCUGCCGGACAGCUCGCAUACCGACGAGCUCGAAGCACUGCACCUUCAAACCCGUGAAACCACCGAAGCGAAAACACGCCAGGGAAUCGUUAUCCAACACCGCGCUUGGAGGGUGCCCGACGUCUUUCGCACCGACGAAGAUCACGAGCCCGAAACACCCAUCAAGAAGCAGCAACCACUGCAACACAUUUCAUUCUCCAUCGCAGCAACCUCGAGUCCACGCAUUCCGCCCUCAUCGCCUCCACUGUCCGCCAUGCCGUUUCUGUCGUCUCCACCGUCAUACCCACAGGGCUCUGGGCCCACAGACUCGCCGCGGAAAAGGCGAAGAACCGACGGUUACAGCGGCGCGUUUUACGAUGAGUCUGCCGAGAAAGAGAACGUUGGUGCGAACGGGCUUUUCCAGGAUGAUUCUGACGACGACGACGAUUUUGCGGCGUUUAAUGCGGCGCACAACAAACGGAAGGCUUCAGCGCUCGACACACCUGGAUCAGCUUCUACCGAGCAAGCGCUUCGCAACAUACUGAGCGAGGAUGCCUCCACCGAGACGGACCUACCGCUUUCGCAGCCGAUAGUUGUCUCCAGAACCCGUGAGAAGACAAUGUUUACUCUUAGGACGUGCUCCGGCGAGGGCUUCAAUGUCGCUACGCGGCGUCCGACACCCGCCGUUCCGUAUGAACAACUUAUUGCAUCUCGGUCCAAUGCGGAGCCCGGUAGGGCAAGGAAAAACUACUAUGGGAUUGACAUACAUGCUCUGAUGGACGAGGCGAACCGAGCAGUGGUGGAGGAUAAUGCACGGCGCGAAAACAUGGACCUGGACGGACCCGUACAGACGGUGGAGGAUCCCUCGGGAGGGAAAAGUCGCAAGCGCAGCCUUUUGUGGACGGAGAAAUACCGUGCAAGAAAGUUCACUGACCUUGUCGGUGACGAGAGAACGCAUCGGCAGGUCUUAAAGUGGCUGAAAGCUUGGGACCCGAUAGUUUUCCCCGGCUCCAGUCGUCCGAGACAAAAGUCGGGCAGAUUUUCCGAUCAGGCUGGCACCGAAGACGAAUAUGCACAUCGUAAAAUCCUCCUCCUGACUGGACCUCCGGGCCUCGGCAAGACGACCCUGGCGCAUGUGUGCGCACGCCAGGCGGGAUAUGAAGUUCAAGAGAUCAACGCCAGCGAUGAAAGAAGCAAAGAUAUUGUUAGGGGACGUAUCAAGGAUAUGGUCGGCACGGAAAACGUCCGCGGUAUAGACGCCCAGACUGCGACUGGCUCAAAGGUCCGAAAGGCUGGAAAACCAGUCUGUGUUGUGGUCGAUGAGGUGGAUGGCGUAGUUGGCGGCGGUGCGGGAGGUGAGGGCGGCUUUAUCAAAGCUCUCAUCGAUCUUGUCCACCUGGACCAGAAAAACUCCGGGCCGAAAGAAAACGUUCCCUCACAUGGGACACGAAAGAAGGUUGACAAAUUUCGCCUUCUGAGACCGCUCAUUCUGAUUUGCAACGAUGUCUAUCACCCAUCGCUGCGCCCGCUUCGCCAAGCUUCGAUAGCGGAGAUCAUACACAUUCGUAAGCCGCCGGUGAACAUGGUUGUACCCCGAUUACAUUCCAUCUUCCAGAAAGAAGGUAUACCGGCCGACGCUGACGGCGUUCGACGUCUGUGUGAAGCAACAUGGGGUAUUAGUAGCCGUAAGGACGGUGGGGGUGGAGGCACCGGAGAAGGUGAUGUUCGCGGGGUCAUGGUAGUCGGAGAAUGGGUGGCUCGGAAGCUUUUGGCUGAGACAAAUGGCGAUGGGCGGCUUACCCGAAAAUGGAUCGAAGACAACGUCCUCAACGAUCUUUCUCAGGGCGAGGGGGCCGCGAGGGGUCUCGGCCGAGGAGGUGCCAAAGAGAUCGUCGAGCGGGUGUUCAAGGAGGGCGCCGGGUUUCCCAAAUCGGUCGCCGCGGCACAAGCAGAGGCUGCUGACAUUCAAAGCACCAGACCGAUCGGUAUCGCGGAAGCAACCAAACGGUUCGCAAUGGAGCGACUGAGAGAAAUGGUGAACACCGCUGGCGACACUGACCGCAUUGUUACAGACUGCUUCACCGCUUACGCAGAGCAGCCGUUUCAAGAUGAUACAUUUCUCAGCAAACCUAAUAGUGCAUACGAAUGGUUGCACUUCCACGACUCCAUUUCUAAUUCGGUACAUACUGGGCAAGAAUGGGAAUUGGCGAAGUACCUUUCUCUUCCGGUUCUUGCCUUCCAUGGUCUUUUCGCAUCUUCAAUCCGGCCAUCGCUUGGAAAUACUUCUACAUUCAGGAAAGGUCGUGGUGCCGCAGAAAAUGCCAUGGAGCCCGAGACUGAACCUACGCCAUUUUCUGGACCCAGUGCGCCAUACCGAGCGACUGAGCAGACGCGAGCCAACCUUUCGUCUUUGACGAGCCUGCAGUCCGGCCUCUCCCUUCCUCUAGCCCGGCUAUAUCGCUCUCCCGCGGAGGUUUCGACUGAGCUCAUCCCGUAUGUGCUUCGGAUGCUCUCACCUGAUGUCAAGCCCGUCAUCAUCAAUACAUCCACGGCGGCUGCAGGUGCGGACAAGUCGAAACCGUCGGCGACGGCUUCAGUACGGAAAGCGUCCGAAAAGGCGCUUGUCAUGCGGGCUGUCAACGCCAUGGCGGCCGUCGGUGUGCGGUUCGAGAAGAGUCGAGUCGACUUUGGCAUGGAUGCGCGACAAACCGGGCAUGGCGGAUGGAUCUUCCGCAUGGAGCCCCCGCUAGAUUCUUUGGGCAGGUAUGAAACGAUGAGCAGUGAGGGCGGCAAGGAUGAGAAGGUGCGGUACGCCGUGCGUCAGAUCAUGGAUGUGGAGUUCAGGAAAGAGAGUCUCAGGCUCGAGGCAGAAGCUAGGAAACGGAGAGGCGGAGCUAUGGAACUAGACGCCGGGACGCUAGGUGAAGAGGUAGACGUCAGAGAGGUUGCUGCUGCAGCAGAAGAGAAGAUCGUUGUCAAGAAAGAUUUCUUCGGUAGAACGAUCGCGGAGGCGGUGCCACUGACGCCUGUGGAGAAAGAGAAGAGAAGGAAGGCGAGAGAGAAGGCCGAGGAGGAGGAUGUGUGGGUGAGCUAUCAUGAAGGGUUUUCGAAGGCUGUUCGCAAACCGAUCACCUUGGCGGAGCUCCUGGGUGGAUUGUAG